AAGGGUACCUUUCAGGAGCCCAGGGAGCCUAGAAGAGAAAAAGAAGGGCCACCAUGUCCCCCUGGAACGGAGAAGCAAACCAGAGCCCCGAGGUCCUGCAACCCCGCCUUCCUCUGCUAUUGCUGCUGCUGCUGCUAUCCGGGACUGCGAUCCUGGGGUUCAGCUGGAGCCCCGCUGGCUGUGUGGUGUGGCACUCACAGAAUGGCACCUCGGUCUCCUGCCACUCGGCCCCACACUUCCCCAGCCCCCUGCCGGCCGACAUCAGCCACCUGUCCGUGGAGUUCUCCAACUUGACAGAGCUGCCGGCAGACGCCCUCCAAGGCGCCGCCUGGCUGCGUGAGCUGCACCUGUCCAGCAAUGGGCUUCGGGAGCUGCCAGCCACCUUGCUGCAGCCUGUGGCCCGGCUGCAGGUACUGGACCUGACCCGCAACGCCCUCCGUGAGCUGCCCCCGCAGCUCUUCCAGGGCGCGGCUGCCCUGCGCACCCUGGUGCUGAAGCAGAACAAGCUACAGGUCCUGGAGGCCGCGUGGCUGCACGGGCUGUGGGCACUGCGCUUCCUAGAUCUGUCCGGGAACGGCCUGCGCACGCUGCCCCCGGGGCUGCUGAGCAACCUCCGCAACCUGCAGGUCCUGGACCUGUCCGACAACCAGCUGGGGAGCCUGUCCCCUCACCUGCUAAGGGGUCUGGUGCGGCUCGAAUGGUUAUACCUCCAGGGCAAUCAGCUACGGGAGCUGCAUGGGGACCUGCUGGCCUCCCAGGGCCGGCUCAGCCACCUGUUCCUCAGCGACAACAGGCUGGCCGUGGUGGGAGCUGGCGCCUUCCACGCCCUGCGGCGCCUCGACAUGCUGGACCUGUCCGGUAACCUGCUGGCCAGCGUGCCCCGGGGGCUCUGGGACAGUUUGGGGCUGCCCCACAGGGAGCUGAAAGAAGGGGUGGACCUCUCUGGGAACCCCUGGCUGUGUGACCAUAAGCUGGGAGAUCUCCUGAGCUGGCUGCUCCGGAACCAAGACAAGAUGUUCUUCCUGAACAACACACGCUGUGCCCGGCCCAAGGUCUGGGCAGGCAGGUCGCUCCUGGAAGCAGCCAGGGAGGCCGAGGGCUGGGCCGGCGAGAAGGGAAGCAACCUCCCCUCGCCUCUCCCCGCUUAGCAAAUAGCCCAGCCUCCUUGGGGAGGGGGAACCCAGGCCUUCCCACUCCCAACACCUCUGGCAUCCCUCAGCCAUCUUGUCCUACCCUCCGGCCAAGCCCUGGCCACCCUGUCUUCCCUGGAGUACUGGGCCUGGGUCCAAUUCUUCUCUGAUUAGAAGUUGCCUGGGCCUGCAUGGUAGCCUAGUGGCUCAAGUCCCUGCCUGCAAGCACCAGGAUCCCAUAUGGGCAC